AUGGCUGAAGAUUCAGAUACAGGCCAUCUCCGACUCGUAGGGGCAGUUGCGGGUGUGGGUAGCGGUCUAACGAAGGUAACUGUAGGGCACGGUUUUGACACCAUUAAGACACGCAUACAAUGCUCCCCUCCUGGCACCUACCGCGGAGCCAUCGAUUGCCUACUGCAAACAAUCCGAAACGAAUCUAUUUUCGCGUUAUACAAAGGAGUCACCCCUCCUGCCGUGGGGUGGGCUGCCAUUGAUUCGGUACUGCUCGGGUCGCUACACAACUACCGACUUUUCUUGAUAAGACAUCACUUUACGGAACUCACUCCGGGCAGCGGCAAGAAGAGGCUAACACUGGUCGGUCAUGGGCUAGCGGGCCUAUGUGCAGGAUUGACCAGCGCCUUCUUUGCUACGCCUAUGGAACAUCUGAAAGAUAGGCAAUAUCGAGGACCAAUAGACUGUGCAAAGCAAAUUAUACGCAGUCAGGGCGCCAGAGGCUUGUGGACGGGUUUUACAGGCAGUCUUGCGUUCAGGAGCAACUUCCUAUGGUUGUUUCUCUCGUUUGAGGCUUUGAUGCGCGGAUUCUCCCAGCUGAACGGAACACCGUACGAGAUCAGUGCGGCAACUGCGAAUUUUCUCUCAGGCGGCUUCGCCUCGUUCGCCUUCUGGGGCAUGGGUAUCCCUGCGGACAACAUCAAGAACCGGAUGAUGGCCACCCCGCACACACUUGCGCGGCCAUCGUUGGUCGCAACGGUGCGACAGAUCUACGCACUGGGUGGACUGUUCGGCUUCUUCCGUGGGCUCGGCCCCUCCCUCAUACGCGCCUUCCCUUCGAACGCGUCUGCGCUGUGGGUUUACGAGGGUCUCAUGCGAACGCUUGGCGCCGAAAAGACGAGGCAUUAA